AAACCGUGAAAAUCAUGUCAUACUCGGCGUUUCAAAUUCUUUUGCUUCUGGUUUACCUCAUGGUACAAGCAUCAGGAGCCACACCGGGACUUGCAAGGCCUAACUGUGCUGAAACGUGCGGGAAUGUCACCAUUCCCUUCCCCUUCGGAAUAGGAACAGAGUGCUUCUUGGGUGACUGGUACGAGAUUGUCUGCCAGCAAAACAACACGGUUCCCAUACUAAAGAAGAUCGGAUUAUGAGUUCUCAACAUUUCACUCCCCUAUUAUCGUGGAUAUAUGAACAGCGUGAUUUGGGUCAGUCUUCCAUUAAUUUACUCAAAUGCAAGCAGUGGGGGCGAAGGACUUGGCGUGCCAGUGAGCUUAGAAGGAAGUCAAUUUGUCUUCUCCCAGACAUGGAACGUCUUUAUGUCCGUCCGUUGCAACACCCUGGCAACAGUGAAUAGUACAGAAUCUGCUGUUGUUGGUUGCAGGUCGAAAUGUGAUGGAACCAACACCAACAUUAGCCGGUAUAGUGCUUGUGUCAGGAGGGACCGAUGUUGCCAGACUACACUCCUCUUUAACCUUCAGGGCUUUAGUGUGGAUUUCAAAGAAGAAGGUGGACCUCAGGGAUGCAAGUACGCUUUCCUGGCAAAUAGCUCAUGGUUCAUGAGGUCUAACGUUACAGGUCUAUAUGAUUUGAGUUUGAAUGAUAGGGUUCCAGUGGUGUUGGAAUGGGGGAUUUCAAACGAUACCAACUACAAACUUGAUCUUAUCCUGCAAGGCUAUGGCUCAGGCUAUCUUGAUCCCUUCAGAUGCAGCAGGUACUGA